CCGUCUGCUACAGUGAUUUCUGUUUCUCAAUUUUGCUGCAAUCAAAAUAAUUCGUUUCUCGUAAAAACCCUAAUUUCUCCUUUCUUCUCCGUUAAUUCUUGACCUUAAACCCAUGCAGCUGACUUGCCCAACUUGUAUUCGUCGAUUUCAUUUCAGAAUUGGCCUUGAGAUUGCCGAAUUUCCACUAUCCCGUUUACUCAACUAUAUCAAGAUACGUUUUCUCGCUUCUAUUAUUUUCUAAUUUCAUCGUUUACUUCAGGGGCUAGGAAUUUCGUUCAUCUAUCUUAAAGCUUCUAGUUGAUUACGGGCAGUAUUUUGAGAAAAAUUCUACCGGCGGAAGUGAAUUUUGUGUUUAAUUUUGUUGUUGUGUUGAAUGUUGAAAUACUCGAGCGGAGGCGGUAGUUUUAUUUUUGAGAUUCUGAGGCCUCUCAUGAACUUUCUGGGUGUUUAUAUACUGAUUGGUUAAAAUUUGGCCAAGUAUGUAAGUAGUGAGCGAGAUGGGUUUUCAUUUCUAUAUGGGAUUGUGAAGGUUAAAUGUUUAGGCAGACUGGUUUGUUUUAGGAACGUGUUGUAGAAAAUGAUGGAUAAGGAGUCUGGUUUAGUUUUGAAGCGUUCCUCGCGAAAGAAAGCUACUGCGCGAAAUUAUGAUGAAGAUUUAAUGGAUGAGGUUAUAGAGAAGCAUUUAGGGGGCGUUUCGAAGAAGAAGAGUAAAACGGCUAAGGAUCUAGAGAAAGAGACUGAAAUUGAGGCUAUGAUAGCACUAUCUGUUGGAUUUCCGAUUGAUGCUUUGCUUGAGGAGGAAAUUAGAGCUAGGGUGGUGAAGAAUUUGGGUGGGAGAGAGCAGAAUGAUUACAUUGUUGUUAGAAAUCAUAUCCUUGCGAGGUGGCGUGGUAAUGUGCGAAUGUGGCUUUCCAAAGGACAGAUUAAAGAAACUGUGAGCCAUGAGUAUGAACAUUUGAUUAGUGCAGCAUAUGAUUUUCUUUUGUAUAAUGGAUAUAUAAACUUUGGGGUGUCGCCAACUUUUACGACUCAAGUGUCCGAGGAAGGAUCUGAAGGAUCUGUGAUUAUUAUUGGUGCAGGGCUCGCCGGGUUAGCUGCAGCUCGGCAGCUCUUAUCAUUUGGUUUUAAGGUUAUUGUUUUAGAAGGUAGGAAUCGUCCUGGUGGGAGAGUUUUUACUCAAAAGAUGGGGCAGGAGGGCAAAUUUGCUGCCGUUGAUCUUGGUGGUAGUGUCAUUACUGGUAUCCAUGCUAAUCCUCUUGGAGUUCUAGCUAGACAACUUUCCAUUCCGCUUCAUAAGGUUAGAGAUAAUUGUCCAUUGUAUAAACCUGAUGGGACACUGAUUGGGAAAGAUAUUGAUGCUAAGGUUGAGUUUAUUUUUAAUAAAUUACUAGACAAAGUGACUGAACUGAGAAAGAUUAUGGGAGGAUUGGCUAAUAACAUUUCUCUUGGAACGGUUCUUGAAAAGCUUAGGCAAUUGUAUGCUGUGGCUAGGAGUGAGGACGAACGACUACUUCUUGAUUGGCAUGUAGCGAACUUGGAAUAUGCAAAUGCAGGAUGUGUUUCGAAUUUGUCUGCGGCGCAUUGGGAUCAAGAUGAUCCGUAUGAGAUGGGUGGAGACCAUUGCUUCCUAGCUGGAGGUAAUUGGAGAUUGAUAAAAGCAUUAUGUGAAGGAGUUCCCAUAUUUUAUGGGCAGAUUGUUGAUACUAUUAGAUAUGGAAGUGAAGGAGUAGAGGUAAUAGCUGGAGGUCAAGUGUUUCAAGCUGAUAUGGUUCUGUGUACAGUUCCACUUGGGGUUCUGAAGCGAAAGCAUAUUAGAUUUGAACCAGAGUUGCCUAAAAGGAAGCUGGCAGCAAUUGAUCGACUGGGUUUUGGAUUAUUGAAUAAAGUUGCUAUGGUGUUUCCUCAUGUUUUCUGGGGGGAAGACUUAGAUACAUUUGGAUGUCUUAGAGAGCAUUGCCAUCAGCGGGGGGAGUUCUUUUUGUUUUAUGGGUACCAUACUGUUUCUGGAGGUGCUGUUCUUAUAGCUCUAGUUGCUGGAGAAGCUGCUGAAGCGUUUGAACGCACAGAUCCAACGACAUUGCUUCACCAGGUUCUCAGAGUUCUUAGAGGUAUAUUCAGCCCCAAGGGGAUUGACGUGCCUAAUCCAAUACAGUCGAUAUGCACAAGAUGGGGCAGUGAUCCAUUUUCUUAUGGCUCGUACUCUCAUGUUCGAGUUGGGUCGACCGGCAACGAUUACGAUAUUCUUGCAGAGAGUGUGUGGAACAGGUUGUUCUUCGCCGGUGAGGCCACGACUAAACAAUAUCCAGCCACGAUGCAUGGUGCCUUCUUGAGUGGCCUAAGAGAAGCUUCAAGUAUUUUCCAAGCAACCAGGGGACGAUCAAACAAUUCAAAGAAGUACAUGCCGAGGAAUCUUAGACUUGAUAUUCUGGCGGAUCUUUUCAGGCAACCUGACAUGGAAUUUGGAAAUCUGUCCUUUGUUUUCGAUUCGUUGGUAGAUGAUGAAAAAUCAAUGGGGGUUAUGAGAAUCACAUUCAGGGGCAAGGGAGAAAGUUCUUAUGAGGAAGAAUUGGCUGACGAUUGUGAAGAUCCCUCACUCCAACCGCUGUUGCUUUAUACAAUUGUGUCCGGCAAACAGGCACAUGAGCUGCUACUCACGAUUGGAGAGGAUGAAAGUAGACUGCCAUAUUUAGUGAAAGAUUUUGGCUUGAAGCUGAUGGGACCUAGUGCCUUGUUUAGUAUUGGUCACUCGUUGAUUGCUAGCGUGGCUGGUGCUCGAAGAGGCCGGGGCAGGAAUCGGUUGGUUGCUGGACAACCGCAACUGCAACCCCAACCCCAACCCCAACCCCAACCCCAACCACUACUACAGCCCCAACCCCAACCCCAAACACAGCUGCAACCCCAACCCCAACUGCGGCCCCAGCUUCAGCCCCAACUGCAACCGCUACUUCAACCCCAGGCUCUACUGCAGCUGCAACAGCAACCGUAUCCCCCGCCCCAGCUGCAGCUGCAACAGCCACCGCAGCCCCCGCCCCAGCUGCAGCUGCAACAGCAACCCCAGCACCUGCCCCAACUGCAGGUGCAACAGCAACUGCAGCCCCCGCCCCAACUGCAGGUGCAACCGCAACUGCAGCCCCUGCCCCAACUGCAACUGCAACUGCAACAGCAAACCCAGCUUCAGCCUCCGCCUCCACCUCAGCCCCAACUCAACUGCAACUGCAACCCCAGCCCCAACCACAUCUACAACCACAACCAAACCUAAUAGAUAAUCUUCUGCUGCUGUGGAUUUAAGAACCAACCCUCUUUAGGAAAUGGAAGUACAUGGAACAUGUGGGUGCCACAAAUGUUUAUGCCGGUCAAAUCCCAGAUGACACAUUGAAUUACAUAGCCCGAAGAGAUGAUGACUUCAUUAUUUCAGGAUUUGGAAAAGUUCCAUUUUUUUUUUAACAUUGCAAGGAGUUAGUAGCCGAAUCUGAAGCAAACUGACUUGGUGGGUAGUAAAGUGUAAUUAACAACAUCAUCAGCUGAUCAUGUGAAAACCUUUUGAGUAGAUCAAUCACUGUAAGAAAUCAAUCAAUUUGGUGUCAAGUAGGAAACAGGAGUUGCAAUUCUUCCAUGGAUUCUUUUUGUAGUUCAAUACAACUCUAUGUUAAUUCAUGGACUCCAACCAAAAAAACAACUGUACUCUUAGGCAUCUAUACUUUUACUACACAUUUUGUAUCUGUAAUAUACACUCCAUUUUUUUCCUGGAAAA